UUGUGGAGCGGCCACCGCGCUCCGGUUUCACAGAGCCUCUGACUGGCGGAGCGGCGCGCUGUUUUUACGCAUAGCCUCCAGUCCUGCGGGGCAUUGUAGACAUUGUGUAGUAGCUGUGUAGUAGACUCCUGAGAAGACACCGGAGCGGCACAGUCCCUGAUAACUGGAUACCUGAGUCCAAAGGUGCUGAGACUCUCCAAGAAGCCGUGACAGGAGACCCGGCCAGAGAAAAAGGGAUUUUGACCCGCGUAAAAAAAAAAAAACGAGGGAGGAGGCGCCUCUCGCGUUGAAGCAGAACCGCUUUAGAUGGAUUCUUCAUGUUUGCUUCAGCCUCAGUGGACACAGCCUGCUCCGAGCACUCACAACCCGUGACAGUAAGGUGUAAAACAUGACGCAUCGCACUGUAUGGAUAGCCGAAAACAUGAGCUGCGCCCUGCGUGGAAGAAGCCGCGGCUCUCCUCUCCUCUCCGGUGCGCACUUGGAGCAGAAUGCGCACAGGGCAGCUGGUGGAACCAGAUGGAGGGUUCGGAGGAAGGAUAGACAGGAGAUUACCUCUGUAAUGUCAGCAAAGGCCAAGGUGCUGCUGUGGGUGCUCCUCUCUCUGCUGCCUCUAGUGGAAGGAGCUCAAAUUAAAGCCGGUGCUGCUGGCGUGGGAUCAGACUCAGGCCACACCGUGGGCCUGCUGGCAGGCCAGGAGGAGCGAGAGCUUCCUGUGACGCUGCCAGAGGUGGUGGAGGACGAGGAGCAGGAAGACGACAGCGACCCUUACUCUACUUGGCAUGCUCUAUAUGACCCCUUUGUAAUAGAUGAGGCGGACGACCAUCCCAGUAGUCGCUGGGCGGGGCGCUCCCCACGCUCCUCUGACCCUUCGGAACCUCAACCCAAAGGAUCACCAAAGAAAAAGAAGAAGAGGAAGAAAGAAAGGGAGGAAGAGGAAGAGACGGGGAGAGCAGAUAGGAAGGGUAAAGGUAAGAGCAGGCAGCUGAAGCAGAGCAGCAGGGACUGCCGUGUGGAGAAGAGGGAGAUGAAGGUUCGGGACCUGGGACUGGGGUUCGACUCGGACGAGAUUGUCCUCUUCAAGUUUUGCGUAGGCUCCUGCCAGUCUUCCAGAACGAACUACGACCUGGCACUGAAGGCGCUGCUGGAAAACGGCUCGCUGCCCCGGCGUACCGCCCGCAAGGUCAGCAGCCACCCCUGCUGCCGGCCCGACCGGUACGAGCCGGUUUCCUUCAUGGACGCUCAGACCACGUGGAGGACCAUUCAGUCGUUGUCAGCCGCCAGCUGCAUGUGUAUGGGCUGAAGACACGAACGAGGGAGAAGGUGACAAGGAGGGGUCACCCAGCCUGAACAGAGAGGGUGAGGAAGGCAGGGAGGAGCCAGAGGGGGGCACUGUCACACACUGAGAGCAAGGAAGUGAGGGUGGCCACUUGUUGAGGAGGAAGAGCUCCUCGUCUCCUCUCUCCUCCAUCCUCCUGCCUUUGACAAGGAGAUCAAUCUAAGCCGCCAUCAUGAAGGAUCUCUCCAUUCCUAAAAUGCAUCUCGGGGACAGAGGAGGCUUGCCAGAGGAGCUGUGAGCAAGGAGGUGUGUCCUUGUUGCCUGUGAUGCAUAAAAGGCGGAUAAUGCAGCAUAUUUAAUUACAUCACUUUAAAAUGGCGGCUCAGAAGCACGGAUAUCGUAUUUUGUUAAAUGCCUGUCACCUCGACUCCUCUCCCCUCAUGUCUCUUCCUCGCCUCCUCCGCUCACGUCUCAGGUGGGAGGGACUAAGACAUGAGGAGAGGAGGCGAGGAUGUACAAACUGAGAAAUGAGAACAGAGGUGGGUGCAGCUAGACGACUGAGGUCAAAGGUCAUGAUGGGUGACUGAGGGGGAAGUCAACAAAGAAUCACAGUCUGGAUUUAUUGUUGCGUCUUCAAAGAGCGAAUCGUCUCCGGACCAGUUCAUACACAUCAAACUGUUGUGAGAUUAUACAGGCGACACCUGAAGGCUGAAGCUCAAGAGACAUAAAGAAAAGACACAAUUAAAGGACUGACACUGUUUAUACUCUGACUAAAAAAAGACAAAGACUGAUAUGAUGUUCACUAUCACUCACAGUGAAGCCCCAAAAAGCUAAAUCAUUUUCUUCCACAUAAAAACAGGGACAUUACAUCGUAUGGUUUCUAUGUUCAGGUGAACUCAGCCAAAUGGAUGCCAUGCAUCUUCAUGUAUUACUGUAUAAAAGUAACAUAUAUUUAUUUCUGAUAAAUUAUUUAUUUAUUAUAGCUUCAUAUGAGAGCUGUUUUUAUUAACUCUAUAUUGUAGAUAAAUAUCUAUUUAUUGCCGAGAUUCAGAUUUCAUGUCGACAGUUACUUCUCACAUACCUUUUUGUUUUCUUUUAAAGGUGCUUAUUUAACUUUAUCAUACACCUCAUAAACUUGGUUUGGACAGCUAAUUCUGGGCAGAAUAUGAUUGGAUACAGGAAACAUUUCUGGGCCAUUCUGCUGAAUCGGUGCCUUUUCAAUCCCCAGGUGAUGGCAUGUAUAAAUCUUCAUGAGAAAUAUCUGUCAAACAUAUUAUAUUAUCAAGUAAAGUGUCCUAAUUGCAAUUUGACGGUUCCUCUUGCUCAGUUUUGCAAUUUAUUAGUUACACUAAUGUUUCAGUGCUCCUGGACCUUCGUCAACAGUGUUCAUCGCCAUGGAAACCUUGAUAAAACCACCUAGGAAUAACAGGACUGUAGCCCGUCCCAGCUCUCGAACACUUCACUGUGAAAUUUAACAACUUUUUCUGUAUUAUUGUGACUCUAUUGUUUCCAAUUUAGACACAAAAUACAUUUUUCUUCUCAGAAAUUCCCAGUGCGUUAGUUAAAAUACAGAUUUUAGUCGAGUCCCCAGGUUUUCACUCAGUCCUGUUAUUCUGACCCCGCCCCCCCUUUAAAAUUUGAUAUGUUACAAAGUCACAUGAUCAACAGGAAGUAGUAUCAUUUGAGUCUCCUGAAGGACAUGGGAAGACCAACCUGUAUUUUUUAUGACUAAGAACGUCAAUCUCAAUCCUGUUACCUCACUUAUUUCUUAGGUUUUACUCUUUUUUGUUUUGUUUUCCAUAGAUAGUUUUUGGGUGGCACGGUGAUGCAGUGGUUAGCAUUGUCGCCCCACAGCAAGAGGGUUCCUGGUUAGAAGCGUCCUGUGUGGAGUUUGCAUGUUCUCCCCGUGUCAGUGUGGGUUUUCUCCAGGUACUCCAGCUUCCUCCCACAGUCCAAAGACAUGCAGGUUAAUUGGUGACUCUAAAUUGUCCGUAGGUGUGAAUGUGAGUGUGAAUGGUUGUCUGUCUCUAUGUGUCAGCCCUGUGAUAGUCUGGUGACCUGUCCAGGGUGUACUCUUGUCUCUCGCCUAGUGUCAGCUGGGAUAGGCUCCAGCCCCCCUGUGACCCCCAACAGGAAAAACGGUUACAGACAAUGAAGGAAUGAAUAGUUUUGGUAAACCAUUACAUGCUAUUAGCAUUGCUAUCAUGUGGCUACAUUUCAUGUGUUUGCUAAAGCUAUGCUCAAAACUCAGUCCUGUUACUUUCCUGUUAUAUGAGCCAUCUUCCAUUGAAAAACCUGGUGAGACAAUAAAUAAAAAGGCCUGAGAUUAACUUUUAAAUGUUUUAAAUAGCCAAACGCAUGUGUUAUUAGAUACAGCGCUGAAGAAAGGAAACAAAACAAUGUUUAAAUAUAUGGCACCGAUUGAGCAGAAUGUCCCGUCUCAAAUUAACUGAGUGAUUCUAAAAAACAAAAGCUCUGAUCCUCUCUUACAUUUUAACCCAGACAGACAAAAAAAUCCUAUCAACAGAUACCAGAAACGAAUUGACCUACAUUAAAAAAUGAUGAUGUGGUAAACUCAGUGAAUGUUUUUUCUGGAGAGCACCUCACACAACAGUUUCAUUGUCCAGAAUGUGUGUACAGCAAGCAAGUCAAACUUUUAUGAUACAGAACCUCAACAUUUCUCAUCUUAAAGCAGUGAUUUCCAUUCAGUUACACACUCCCAGUAUAUUAUUAUUAUUAUUAUUAUUAUUAUAAAGUUUUCUUUAUUUUUGUAUGGCAUUAUC